UAUUGGCGCUAUUUUGGAAACGAUCUGUUUGUUUAUGCCUGUCAUCGAAGUGUUGUGAAGAUGAUGGCUGACGAGGAUGGAGCUAACCAACUGUCCGAAGCUGCUCAGACGGAGCUUCUCCUUCAGUGCGAGCAGCAGUUUGCGCAGUUGGAAAAGAUCCAGAAUGAGAUAAUACUCACGGAGGCCGACUGGCAAAACCCGUGCGAAGUAUCAGUGAACAGGCUGAUGGCAACAGAGGCAGAACUAAACCAGUGGAUGAGUGAGGAGCCCAAAUUGUUGACAACGAAUUCAGAAGUGUUACUCAAAGCUGGGAAGGAAGAGAUGGUGAAGCUGUGUUCUGAACUUGAGAUGGUGGUAGCUUGCUGUGAAGCCAAGCGAAACAAACUGGCAGAAACAAAGGAAGUAGAAUGCAAAUGGCUCAAAGAGAAGCAGCAAGUCCUAGAAGCGGUGACCGAUCACUUUAAGCGUCUCCAAAUGGAAAGAAAAAACCAAUCUGUAAACAGUUUAUUGCAGGACAUGCGAGAUAAAAUCAAGAAGAUGGAACUCUACCAAAAGAAGUUGUUGGACUCCCUUGGAGAAGUUCUGAAUAAUCAUGUUCCUGCUCCUCAGAAUGAAUCCAGCUCCAACUACAAGAAGAAGAAGGAUGUAGAAGACGAAACAAGUGAGGACCUGCUAUCCCUGAAUGAUAUCCUGCAGCUGUUGAUUAACCAGUUCCAGAACUCGCCACACGACCCGUACAUCACUGUAGAUUCAACGUUCUGGCCGCCAUACGUGGAGAUACUGCUGCGGUUUGGAAUAGCAGUCAGGCACCAGGAGAAUAACUUCAAGAUUCGCUUGGAAACCUUUUGCUGAAGUUCUAAUCAUACUACUAUAUACUGUAUGUCUUUGCUUGAUCUUGUUUCUGGUUGUUCAUGGAGUUAAAAAAAUUAUUUCGUAACACAUUUUGUUCAUGUAAAUUGAGUCAG